GUUGGUUCCUGGUGAUUUGCUCACCUGCCUUCAAUUAAAACUGAUUACAGGCUCGCUCAGAUCUUUCAGUGAGAGGACGUCAGCAGAUCUGCCUGUUCUUCUCAUGGUGAAAUAAGCCACUUUAAAGCUAAAAUAUCUCGUGAAUCGUCUGUUUGAGGGUCAGAGGCAGAGAACUGGUUGAAACUUCAGGUGAAUUACGAGCUUAUAGACUUUUGGACCUGGCUGGCUUCAAGAUGAGUACAGUUGUUGAUCUGACCUUUGAAGAACCUGUCGACAUGGAUCUGACUUGUACUGCUCCUCCCGUCAGCACAUCAUCUCAGCAGAUUGAGACACCAGGUGGUGCUGAGCAACAGACCAUGAGAGUCUACCUCAGAGUCCGGCCCUUCUCUAAAGAGGAACUCUGUGAUAAUGAAGACCAGGAUUGUGUGGUGAUUGAAAACAGUCAGACAGUGACACUGAAUGCACCAAAGGGUUCUGCCACCAUGAAGAGCAGCGAGAAGGGCGUCGGCACGUCGCUCCACAAAUUCUCCUUCUCACAGAUUUUUGGACCAGAGACGACACAGGCUGAGCUGUUUGAGGACACAGUCAAAAGCCAGAUGUCUGAUUUCUUGGAUGGAAAGAAUGCACUGAUAUUCAGCUAUGGUGUGACCAACGCUGGGAAAACCUUCACAAUACAAGGAACCCCAAAAGAUCCAGGGAUACUCCCUCGAGUGCUGGACACCACCUUUCACCACAUCGAAGGAAAUCAGUAUGAGGGGAUGGACCUGAAACCUUACCUCAGGAACGAUGCUCAGUAUCUGGAUCCUGACCAAGUCAAGCAGGAGAGGAGCGCUAAAGUGGCUAUUUUUGCUUCAGUCAAAGAGGAGUGUGAUCCUCUCAGAGCCAGUGGUGGCUCAGAGUUCUCACCCUGUGCUGCCUCUGGUCGCUCCUCCUCCUCCUCGUCCCACAGUCAAACAGUGUUGGCCAGCAACCCAACAGACACUGGCAGCAGCCAGUUUGCUUUGUGGGUGGCAUUCUUUGAAAUCUACAACGAGUGUGUGUACGAUCUGCUUCAACCUUCCCUCUGCUCCAAGUCCAAGAAACGUUCCGCUCUCCGUGUUUGUGAUGAUGGAGCUGGAAAUGCUUACGUUAAAGACCUCAGGUGGGUCAACAUCCAGCAUUUGGGUGAAGCCUCCAAAGUGCUGCAGUUUGGAAACAAAAACAGAAGCGCUGCAGCCACAAAGAUGAACCAGUCGUCCAGCAGGAGCCACAGCAUAUUUACCAUGAAGUUACUCAAGAUUGAUGACGGCACAGUUAGAAGGAUCUCAGAGUUUUCUCUGUGUGACCUGGCUGGUUCAGAAAGAUGCAACAAAACCAAGACCAUUGGAGAGAGGCUGAAGGAGGCGGGAAACAUCAACAAUUCCCUGCUCAUUCUGGGGAAAUGCAUCACGGCACUUCGCAACAAUCAGACUGACAGGAUGAAGAGCAGCUACAUUCCUUUCCGAGAGAGCAAACUCACCAAGCUUUUCCAGGCUGUUUUCUGUGGCAAAGGCAGAGCGUCGAUGAUUGUCAACAUUAACCAGUGUGCUUCCACCUAUGAUGAGACUCUCCAUGUGAUGAAAUUCUCUGCUGUUGCCAAACAGGUGGUGCAGGUGAUCCCAGACAAACCUCUGGAAUCUCUGGCUCCUUGUCUGGUGGGCCGUGAUGGAAAACCUCUGGUUCGGAUGAUUGACAACCAGGCCCUGGAGAGCUACCUGUCUGAAGAGGAGCUGCUCGAUGAAGAGGAUGAAGGCGACAUGUCUUUACUGCCACAGAAUGAGCUUGUGAACAUGAUCGAGAGCCUCAGAACAAAACUCCUGGCUGAGAGAAGAAAAAACCUGGUGCAGGAAAUGGAGAUUCGUAAGGAGAUGGGAGAUGCUAUGAUACAACAGCUCAUGGAGAGUGAAGAACUCCGCACUCGGCAGAUAGAAGAGCUGAAAGAGAGCUACCAAGAGAAGCUGGAGAACACAUUUGAGAUGUACAAGGAUGCUAUCAAAGAGCACGCCUACCAGAGCGCCAUGAACAACCUGGAGGACGACUACGUGCCUCUGGACGAGUUCAUCGUUGAACAGGAGAAAGUGGAGGCCCUCAGACGGAAAGUGUCAGAGUUGAUGACGUUAACGUCGUCCGGUGUUGGAGUGUCGGCUGUUCCAUCAGUGGACCAGUCGAGUCAGACUCAACCAUGUAAAGUGACAGAAGCAGCAGCAACUCAUGUUCCCCACACAGGGGACGAUCGAUUCAAACGGCUUUACAAAGAAAAAUGUGCCGUCGAGAGGAUGUGUGAGGAUAAACAACAGUUGAUUUUGUCCCUAGAGAAAAGGCUGGUGGAGCUCAGUGAAACACUUAAGAAGGUCAGAGAUGGUUUCCUAGAGAAAUCAGCUGAUCUGGCAGCUCUGCAGAGGCAGUCUGAUGACCAGACAAAAUCUAUGGAGGACCUCCUCCGGCAGAGCGUCGAGAAGGACAGGGAGAUCUCCUCACUAAAGGCUGAACUCGCCAAGCUCUCCGAGAAGUCUCCUGCGCAGCAGCCAAAGACCAAGCGAGGCCUGCUCGCCAACAUCAGGGAGGCAGUUACUUCUCCACGGAAGGGGGCGACUGGACGAACACUCAGGAAAACUGUUCGGACUCCUCACCACUGAAAAGCUUUUUAAAAACAUCUGACGGACAGAUAUAGGGUACCAAGAGUAAAACCCUAAUGCGAAACUCUUAUUCUUUCUUUAAUUCAGGCAGUUUUUCUUCUGGUGGUAUUUUAAUUGUUUUUUGUCUGUUUGUUUUUUAAUAAAAUUGAAUUGCUCAGA